CUUUGAGAGGAGGAGGCAGAAAAAGAGGUGGAGGUUUAUGAGGUGCAGUUGAAAAGAAUGGUUUAAAGACAGUCUGAAAUGUCAAUAGUUCCAGAGCAGCCAGACUUAAUCUUGGAAUCUAUCUGGCUUACCCUAAUCAUUGUAUGAUACUGGAUCUCUUGCAUCACAAUGGGGAAUGAAAACAGCAGCAGCAGAGAAAAUCAGUCAGAAGUUGCUGGCACAAAUAAAGUCAUCCUAAUACCACCCAAUGAAGGAACACAGCAGAAUGUUUCCUCAGCCCCGGCUCCAGAACCAGGCCAACCUCCUGGUAAUGGGCAAGAUAUAAAAAAGAAAAAGCAGCAAAAGAAGAGUGGAGAAGGAUCUGGUGGUCAAGACGUCUUGAAUCUUUUAUCUACAACUACUGCUUCACCCGAUAAUGUCUUAAUUACAAAGGCUACCAGUUCUGGCAGAGAGAGCUGGUCAUUAGUGUCUGAUUUCAAGGAAGGGGAACCCCAGCAAGGAGUUGGGCCCAGUAAUCUUCUUUUUGCUGGUCUGGAUAUUAGUGAAGAUGCAAGUUCUCAGAUCCCAGAUAUAAGCAGCAUCAGUAAUGAAGGCAUCGAUAGCCACACUGCUGAAGGUUUAUCUGAUCCAAAUUCAUGUGCAGUGUCUGCAGACGUGACAGCACCACGUAAUACUCGGCAAGAACAUGGAAGACAAACUGGGUCUGACUUAUUAAUACAGGCUGCAGAAGCAAAGGAGAGAAGCCUACCUAUCUCAAUGCCUUUAGCAGAAUGUGCCAAAGAAUAUGUCACAGCCAGUCUCACGGACAGCAGGGAUGAUUUACCAACCCCAAACCCUCGCACCGUGACUGACAAAGAAAUAGGAACAGCAGAUGCUAUAUCUGUGGAUGCUGGCCCAGAAAGAGACAGUAUUACUGCCUUUUCUAUCAAAAGGAGUGAGAAUGAUCCAGAAAAUACAAGCUUAGAAGCCAACCCUUCUGCAGAAGCUACUCUGACACAAGGCGUUACACAAACAGAUUCAUGUGACUUAGAACCAUUAUGGCAAAGUGAACAGCUGGAUGGCAAGGGGGACUCGCAUGUUGCCUCAUUGCCCCAGGGUAAAGAAGCAGGAGAUUAUUUUACCCCUCUAGAGGCCACGCAGGGGCCAGGAUUUUUGGAAGUGGAUCAUAAGGAGCAGACUGUUGUACAGCGAGGUGGACAGAAAACAGAUGGCACAGAGUGUCUGUUAAUGAAAAAGGAAACUUUAAUCCUAAAUUAUCCCACAACAGGAGGCUCAGACAGUGAAAAACAUGGAGCAGUUGUGAAUAGUCAGUGUUUGGUGGAUAACCUCGUGUUCAGUGAUGACACCAGUUUAUGCAGAAGAGAUGUGCCCGCAACUAAAGUGAACAAUCCAAGCCUGGAUCUCUCUGAAAAUAAUGGAAAGCAAUCAGCAGCUUGCACUUUAAAACCAAGUUUGGCUUUUAACCCUUCCGAUCUGUUCUUGGUACCAAAGGCCGAUGAGCCUUCAGGGGAAUCUGAGUCUGCAAAUGAACAUCAUGAUUCAGUUAGACGUAAAGCACAAACUCCAACUUCUGAAGCAUCAGAUCCUGGUUUUGAAAGAGAGCCUCAGAAGGUGAAUUUGUUUGCUAGCACUGGACCUUUCAGUGUACCUCUGUGGCUUGAGGGAAAGCAGAAAACAGAUCUCACAACCGAAAACACAAAAGAUCAAGACAGCAUUAAUGAAUCAAUAAUAGUGUCUCAUAUAGUGUCUGUAGAAAACACCCUUCUUUCUGAUGUACAAAAUGCUAUGAAUUCUACCAAGGAAGAUUCUAUCGUACAUGAAAGAUUGGCAUUGGAAAAAUGUGUGUUAGAUUUAACUUGUGGGAGUAAACCCACAGAGCUGAAUAUAAAAGAAAAUGACAGCAAAGUGCCUGCAGAAAAACCUGAAGAUUCUCCGGGAAAGGACAGAAAAGAGAAAGCACAAGAUAUAGCAACCAGUGCAUCACCUGAAGGGUUAAAUGAGGCAGAAGGGAUGCUAUUUAACUUGGAUCAUAGCAACAAGCACGACAGGAAGGAUGCCCACUGGGGGGAUGGUUUCAGAGAAAUUAGUUUUUCAGACAAGACUUUAAAAAGUGAUACAAGUGAAAAAUCUGUGGAAGAGCAUUUGAAUUCAGAACAUAAUUUGAAACCAGCGGAAGUUAAUUCACUCUAUUUCCAGUGUGAAUCUGAACAACAAGUGAGCAAAGGGAAAACAAUUGCCGCUCAGGACUUGUCCCCAGAGUGCAGCUUUCCUCUUGUAGAAAUUCCACAGUUAGCCAGAGAAGAAGGCCCUUUGAGUUUUGAUCAUUUUAAUACUGACAGUGAAGACAAAACUUUAGCCAUGCUAGGCUAUAAAGUGACUGAAAAGGUUUCUUCAGUUAAUGCACAUGGUUCACCACUUCUGCAGUCUCCAAACAGUGAUAUUAUGCAGACUAAGCAAGAUGAAUCCUGGGUACACUCUUUUGCUAGAAAAGCUACAUUGGAGUCAGAGUGCAAAACUAAGCAUCAAGAAUUGUUUCAGAGAAAUGAAGGGUCUGAAGAAAAUAUACAAACUCUCAAAUCAGAACGUGAAGAUCAGGGCUUAAGUGAAUGGGUAGGAACUACUGACUGUGGUGUACUACAUAGAGCAAACAUUCAGGAGGCCUCACAUAUUUGUGAAAGCAAAGAACAGAACAGAGAAAUCAUGGAAGUGCCUAAUAGCAAUCCAGAGUGUGUACCUGUAACUGUGGUUGUUGAACAAAACAGUGCGGUAGACGUUACAGAAAAUAAUGGAAUUAAGCAGGAGGCAUGCAGAGCUGAAGUGAAAAGCUAUGUCAACGAUAAAGAUUUGGCACUGAAAACGGAAUGCACAUGCGAAAAGUGA